GCCGGCUGCAAACCGGUUGUUAUCGCCUCGGCCGUAGCAGGAAGCUGUUAAGCGGAGCUGGCACCGGCUGGUUGGUUGCUCGGUCUGCGAGGUUUUUCCAGCCAUGGCUCGGUUCGCGGCGCUCCUACUUUUACCGGUUCUCAUUGAGUCGGCGUCCUCCAUCUCCUUCUCCUUGCCGGUCAACUCGAGGAAGUGCCUGCGGGAGGAGAUCCACAAGGACGUGCUGGUCACCGGGGAGUACGAGAUCAGCGAGUCGACGAACACCAAAACCAACCUGAAGAUCACAGAUUCCGCCGGGCAUUUGCUGUACACCAAGGACGAUGCCACCAAAGGGAAGUUUGCGUUCACCACGGAGGACUACGACAUGUUUGAGGUGUGCUUUGAGAGCAAGUCGCCCAUGGGAACUGGAAGAGUGCCGGACCAGUUGGUCCACCUGGACAUGAAGCACGGCGUGGAGGCCAAGAACUACGAAGAGAUCGCCAAGGUGGAAAAGCUGAAGCCUCUGGAGGUGGAGCUGCGGCGACUGGAGGACCUCUCGGAGUCCAUCGUCAACGACUUUGCGUACAUGAAGAAGCGAGAGGAGGAGAUGAGGGACACCAACGAGUCCACCAACACGCGCGUGCUCUACUUCAGCAUCUUCUCCAUGUGCUGCCUGAUCGGGCUGGCCACGUGGCAGGUGUUCUACCUGCGCCGCUUCUUCAAGGCCAAGAAGCUCAUCGAGUAGAAGGCCAGCGAGGGCUCUUCAGAAUCCGGCUCCUUCGCCGGGCUCUGCCGACGCGUCCUAACAAGCAUCCUCCGCGGACGGCGAGUGACGUUUUGGGUGGGGGGAAGGGGUGGUGGGGCGGGGAGGGGGGUGCUUCAAAUUCUAUUUUUUCAAAGAUGCCGGACUAACAGGAGAAAACCCAUUGGGCCUGCUUUGUUUUGUGGUUUGAAACAUGACAAGCGCGCCGUACGAGGCGCGUCUGUCCGCACUGUUCCCAAAUGUUCCGGCUUCUCACCGACGACGAGCUCGGUUUUGUUUGGAGCGGACGUGCCACGGGAAUGUUGCCGAGGAGUUCCUCUUUUUCCAGUGAAGGCUAUUUGAACGUGCGCUUUGUUUGUGACGUCGCUGUACUUACUACUUCUUCUGUGUUAAGUCGCUCCAUUCGCGUACUUGUCUUUUUCUUUGGAUUUUUGUUUUCAUGCUGUAAAUGCCCUGUGUCACAAUCUGCGUUUAUUUUUGUUUGAAUGGGUUUGUCACUGUAAUAUUGUCCUUUUAGUAACGAAUUAGGUCACCAUCUUUGAACUCCGGCAUGUUAUGAUUCUGCCACUCACCAAAAAUGGCCGACAACGAGCGGUAUUUGUAAACAGCCUGGACGAGACCUGAUUUGUAUGUGAAGUCUGCUCUCCAGGCAUUUACACACUGCUAGCUAAAUUAAACAUUUGACGCCAUUAACAAGCAACUCUUCCCAAUUUCUAGUACUUGCAGAUCCAUCCAAUGUAUGUUAGUUUUUGAUUUUUGUUCUCUUUAGAGCUACUUAGGAGGCGUGGUUACGUGGGUUUAUGGGAGGUUUGCUGCUGAUCUGAUGGGCUUAAUUAUGAAGGCGUCUGCCAUGGGGAUCUUUUAAAUGGCGACCGUGUGCAUUACGAAUGCGCAAUUGGUGAUUUUUAUGUUGACUGGUGCAUUUUGUAAAUUUGUGUUGGGCUUUUACUCAAUAAAGUAUUGGAUGGA